GCAUAUCCAACUAUGCUCAUGUCCCUACUUGAAACCAGUCAAGCAUGUAACGGUACCAACGCAUUCGCAAGUUUAUUCUGUUUAAGCACACCGGGGAUGGUACGUCUGCAAUUGAUGCCAUUCAGACCACAAAAGCACACUCAGAAGCUUGUGAGCAGCAGAGCCCGGGUCAUAGGUCCGUCGGUCCGUCUGUGAAAAAGCUGGAACAUAUCUCAAAGUGUGUGAAGCAAUGAAGCCAAAACCCUGAAAGCCUUCUAACCAUGAUCUGGUAUAAUCUGGUGAAUUAUGGUAGUGUGGUUAGUAGAGCUUGGUACAAAGUCCGAAAAAAAAAACAGAAGCUUUCCCUCCGCUG